UUACUCUCCCCCGUUAAUAUUUAUAGCACGCAACCCCACUCCCGUUAAGAUAGAACAAAAGAAAAAGGAAAAUAUCUCCUCUCCGUUUUUUUCUCUCCUUUCCUUCUCGAAUCUCAACCUCAGCUUAGAUCAGAACCAAAAAAGACCCGAACGAAACAGGUGUGAAAUAUGGCGGGAAAAGGAGGAAAAGGGCUUUUGGCGGGAAAGACUACUGCGGCUAACAAAGACAAGAAGAGACCAGUAUCUAGGUCAUCUCGAGCUGGACUGCAGUUCCCCGUUGGACGUAUUCAUCGACACCUUAAAACUAGGAUUGCUGCUAAUGGGCGUGUGGGUGCAACAGCUGCAAUUUACACUGCAGCUAUCCUUGAAUACUUGACUGCAGAAGUACUGGAGCUUGCUGGAAAUGCUAGUAAAGAUUUGAAGGUCAAACGUAUAACCCCAAGACAUCUUCAAUUAGCUAUUAGAGGAGAUGAGGAGCUGGAUACACUGAUAAAGGGAACAAUUGCUGGUGGUGGUGUUAUCCCACAUAUCCACAAAUCUCUCAUUAACAAGUCCUCUAAGGAGUAAGAAGAAGUUGUUGUUGCCAUCGCGGGGUUUCUCUCAAAUUCUUUCCUUCUUCUUUCGGCUUCUGCACACCUUUUUGGGAGUGUUUAAAUUAGUCUAUGGAACCUUUAGCAUAGUGGAGUCUGUUUCUGCUUUCACUCUUUCCUAUUUGUGUAGUUGUGUUUGAUCUUAAAAAAGUUGGUUGAGUAAGAUUUAGUCCAUCUUUAUGUGUUACUACGUCUAAAGCUGGUGGAUGGGUGUAAUUUUCAUUUGCUUAAUCACUGUGGCACUUUAAGAGGGAUUAUCAGUACAAAGUAUGAUGGGAGUUCCCCAUUGGCUGUUGUUGAUAUAGCUGUGGACUCUUUGGUUGCUUAGUACAAGUCAUUUGGUUGCUUA